AUGCCCUAUCAUUCCUCCCCCCUAAUCGACGACUCCCCCGCCAUCACCACCGCCGUCAAUCUCUGCGGCCCAAAUGCAACAAUCCUCUUCCAGCCAAACGUAACCUAUAAUCUGCUUACUCCCCUCAGUUUCACUAAUCUCUCACGUGUCAAUUUCCUCUUUGAGGGUAAUGUUAGCUUGAGUGAUAAUGUAACGGUGGUGCAGCAGGUGGUUGAUAAUACGAGGGUUUAUAGGGAGAGGUGGAUCACGGUUAAGGGGGUGGAUGUGGGGUUUGAGGGGAGGGGGGGAGGGGGAGGAAGGGGGAUGAGGUUAUUGGGGGGAGGCCUCAUUGGUUUGGGUUUGAGGUGGUGUAUUGGCCUGACGAUUCGCAAUAUUAAGGUUCUUAAUCCGGUGGCGUGGGUCUUUUCGAUCGGGGGGAGUGAUGUGGAGAUGAGGGAUAUAUUGAUUGAUGCGAGGAGUAGUGAUGGGUUUCCUUUUAAUACCGGUAUGGAGCCCUUUGCCAAUAUUGUUUCGGACAGAGAUAAUGAGGAUGUGAAAUAUGAAGAGUGGAUACCUUCAGAUGGCAUCGAUCUCUCCGCCUCCAACGUCCUAAUCGACGGUCUCGAAAUCCAUAACGGCGACGACAUAAUUAAUAUCUCACCUCCAGCAACAAACGUCACAGUCAUACAGCAUUAUCCCAGCUACUCUUCGAUCAAGAUUCAGUACUGA